CUCGGAGGAAGCUGAAUGGGAUCCCAGUGAUCGGGCUCAGAAGCGGGAGGGGAGGACGGCACACAAGUUCUGGAGGAGGUCUGAGCCAGAAGCAGUCCGCUGCCCGACUUUCAUCGACAUUCCUGCCUAUGUUCCGCCCGUAGAGCUGAACCAAACGUUUUUGGUGCGUAAUUACGCACGGGUACGACGGGAUCCGCGCUGUUCCUGGCCGUGGAAACCCCACGGACAAAGGACGUCAGGCAGGCACACAGGCUGGAGUACAACUGCCUGACUUCAGAGGAGAGAAGUACCGUUUGGGGGGAAACGACGGGAAUCUGAAGUCGGAAGUGAUUUGUGAUUUCACUCUUUAGAAAUGUAACAUAAGAAAAGGAUUUCAGGAAGAAAGUCAGGCUUUUCUGGAGAGGGGAAAGCGGGCCAGACAGACUUCUGAAAGGAAUAAAAUCAGCAUCCAGAUCAUCUGAGUAUGGGAAGUAUCUGAGAGCUGUAAAAUGUACCCGCGACACCGUGAGAGGGAGCAGCCCAUCUUCAGCACCCGAGCCCAUGUCUUCCAGAUCGACCCGGCGACCAAACGUAACUGGCUGCCAGCCAGCAAGCAUGCUGUCACUGUGUCCUUCUUCUAUGAUGCAAGCCGCAGCGUCUACCGCAUCAUCAGUGUGGGCGGGACCAAGGCCAUCAUCAACAGCACCAUCACCCCCAACAUGACGUUUACCAAAACAUCUCAGAAGUUUGGCCAGUGGGCAGACAGCCGUGCGAACACCGUUUAUGGCCUGGGUUUCUCCACAGAGCAGCAGCUGCAGCAGUUUGCAGAGCAGUUUAAGGAGGUGAAGGAGGCGGCUCGUCUUGCCAGAGAGAAAUCCCAGGAGAGGUUUGAACUGGCCAACCCUGGACUCAACAUUGCGGCUCCUCAGCUCUCGCAGGAGCUGUCAGAGGAGCGUCACUCUCCACCGCUGCUGACAGUUAACGGGCCCGGCGAGGAAAAGCUGUUUCGCAGCAGGAGCGCAGAAGUGGAGCUGACUGUCGAGAAGGAACGGGUUAAAAAGAUGCUGUCUGAAGGGUCCAUGUGUGAGAUCAACUUGGAGGCUGAACUCUUCACUCUGCAGGACAGCAAUGCCAAGCUGGUGUCAGCGCUUCAGGAAGCCAACAGCAGCGUAGAGCAGUGGAAGAAGCAGCUGGCAGAAUACCAGGAGGAAACCGAUCGUCUCCGAGACCAGGUGGCUGAGUUGGAGGCCCAGCUGGGGCGUCCUGCCGCUGGUCAGCCUGGUAAAGAGGAGCUGAGUCGGGCGUUGGAGGAGCUGGAAGCCUUGCUGAGAGCCAAAGAGCAGGAGAUUCAAAAUUUACAGAACAGGAAAACAGAUGUGGGGGAACUGGAAAAGGAGAAGGAUGAAGUCAUUCAAAGACUUAAGGAUCUGGAGAGACGAAACACCGAACUGGAGGGUCGUGUUCAGAGCGCUGAAAAAACGCUGGCCACGAAUCGCGAGGAGCAGGAACAAUCAGGAGUUGAAAUCCACCGAAUCAUUGGGGUUCUGGAUGUCAAAAUUGGUGACCUGAAAGGCCUGAGAGAAAGCUUAGCAAAACUGAUCGAUAAGUAGCCACAGCUGGAGCUGGGAUGCAUCUCCACAGUCUGUGCUCAUGUCCUCCAUGGAAACCUUGAUUAGUGCUGAACUGGAGCAACAGAAGAGCAAAGAUCAAAGAGAUAGGGUGGAAAUCAGACUGAGGUUUUUUUCUGUUUCUGGGAGAAUGAGUGAUUGACAUUACCUUUUUCAGUGACUCACUGUCCUUUGUAUUACCUGCCACUACUGACUAGUCACUCUGAGUGAUGAAGAUCUGUCAGAUAAAGAAUGAAAGCCUUUAUAGCUUUUGAUGCUGUAGUAUUAAACUAAAAAAAAAAACUAAACUGGGGCCUCAUUUACAAAUAACAGACAUAUAGUUAUACUUGCACUCAAUUUUAAGGUACUUUUAGGUGUUAAUGAUGACUUAAGAAAUAUAGUAAUAAUAUCAAAUCUGGAUCACCUUACCCCUUAUUGGAACAAACAAUCAAACUUAAAAAUCAAACUAUUUACUGUAAACAGAGCCUGUAGUUUCACCAACUGUGUUUGGUAUCUGUCUACAGUGUCUUUCCUUUGAUUCUGGUGGAGAACAAUCAUUGUGAAUCUGGAAUAUGCACACUCUCAUGCUAGUGUCAGUACAAAAAGAUUUUUUUUUCCUCCAUCAAAUUUCACUUCUGCAAAUUCCUAAAAACAUUUGCAUUUCAAUUUCAAGUCUUUAAACCCUCUGUGUUUAAGUUAUCAAUAUUUUAACAGACAAGUAUUAUUUUGAUUAAAUAUAACCAAACCUUCCUUGAAACACCAAAUAAACAUUGUAUGAUAAUGGUCACGUUAACUGACAAUUAUCAAGUAUAUUAGGAAUACAAUUUGGAUGAAAAUGGGAAUUCGGGUUAGGGAUCACUUUGAAAACGAAUCAAGUGCAUCUAGUUUUUAGAUAUUUCUUAUCACUAUGUGCACUGCUUAAUGUGUUUGCAUCUGCAUGACUCACUCAACAACAGUGCCAACUCAAAUUAGCAUUUGGAAAGAAACAUCCGUGAACUUUCCUUUGAGAUAAAAAUCACUCCAGCAUCAAAGAAGUUCGUACUGUUUUAAAUCCUUUUUAUAAGUGAGGCCCUUUAAGAGAGGUUAAAGUAAAAUGAGGAACUAAGGGUUGACAGCCUUUUAGCUUAAUAUGUUCACACUAAUCAAAUUAAUGAUCCGAAAUUAAUAACGUGAAGCCUCAUUUACAGAAAAUAAUGGAAAAUAUCUUUUUAGAAGAUUACAUGUUAAAUUUCCAACAAACGGUAAUGAUUUUGCUUAAACUUCAUUGAUGGACCUUGAUGUGUUGGUUUAUUCUCCAUAAUUGAGAGCACAGAGUGAUAAUGAAACUCUGUAAUACACAAAAACCUUGAGUGUGAGUUUGAAACGAGGCCAGGGAAAGCGCAGCUCUGUUUUCGCCAGUGCUGCAUGUACACAUUUAUACCAGUCGGGCAUGUCUGGACAGACAGUACAAUAACUCUAAGGGUGAAAGUUACAUCAGUGCUUCAUCAAAAUUCAAGAUGUGUGGUUCAAGAAAACUAGAAAGAGAGUGAAAUGCUUUUCUUUCUCAUACUGUAGCUUAGACUGAUGUCUUCAGAAUAUUAAAACAAAAGCCUGAAUUCCUUAUAUGUGGUUGUAGAAAAACAGCAUUUAGUUUUAAAUCUACUUGUUUCUGUUAGUGAAUUAUAGGAAUAUUUCAAUUUAUUGAUGUAUAUAAGUGAAACACCUGCAUUGCCAUGACUCUGUGGAGAUGCACCCAGCAGAGAGUCCAGUUUGGAAACAUGAAGGCAAAGACCUUGAUUUGAAGCGGCUCACCACCAUCCACAGGCAGCAGGAUCACACCAGCCUGAGCAUCAGCAAACUUAGAGAUGCAACCCAUUCAACUCCAGCUCUUUCUCUUCUGAGGACCGCCAGCACAAAACUGUUUAUAUUUUAUAAGAACUGCUCUUUCUCACCACUUAUUCUAUUAUUCAUGUUCAUCGAUGUGUUGCUUGCACAGCCGGGAUGAAAAAUCUGCAGCACUAAGCAUCCAGAAAUCAAGAAAGAUUUUAUUUUCUUUUAAGUGCUGAAUUUAAAUUCAAGCUGCAGCUCCUUCACAAACAUCUGCAUGAGUUUGCUUAACUUUUGUCUAACCUUGAUGUUGAGUUCAUCUUAUUGCAUUUCAUCAUGUCUGUGCCAAGUUUAGUUGUUUACAUUUGUCAGUAUUUACUGAAAUAGAGAAUCAAGCUUAACUUUAUGUAUUUACUUUAACAAACACUAUUAACAAUAUGAGUAAUAAUUGUGAGGAUUGCUCUGCAUCAGCUCUGCAGAAACCCUUUACCUGCCAACUAAUGUGAAGCUGUGCGUGAACAGCCCCAAACUGCUUGAGGUA